AUGCAAGUUCAAAUUUCAAGUAGUAAGACAGCAAAAACUCAGCUUGAACUGCACCAUAGGAAAGUUGAGAAAUCUCUAGCUGCAAUAAAAGAAGAUACUGUUGUCUCACAAAAACCAGGAAGUAUACUUUCUUGCAUAACGAUGGAUCUGCAACAAGUUCUGUUUGUGCCUACCUUAACUCAUUCAGACAUGUUCUACCUCAGCCAGUUAUCUUGUUAUAAUUUCGGCAUUCAUCUAAGUAACAGCAACUCAGCAUUCAUGUGUAUGUGGAACGAAUCUGUAGGAGGAAGAGGUAGUAAUGAAAUUGCUUCCUGUUUGUUGAGAGUGUUGAAUAUGAGAAUCACCGACAAAAAGCAUAUUACGAACUGGUGUGACAACUGUGCUGGCCAAAAUAAAAACAGAAUGGUCCUGUCCGUUAUGAUCUUUUUGGUCUCUACUGGUGUAUUCGAAAGCAUUGAACAGAAAUUUCUCGUAAGUGGACAGAGCUUUAUGGCCUGCGAUCGUGAUUUCGCACUCAUAGAAAUAAGAAAGAGAAUAAUAAAGAGUUUUGUACCGAAUGAUUUGCAUGAUGUUGUCCUUUCAGCGAAAUAUAGUCUUCCAUUUUCGGUUGUAAAUAUGGAAGAAUUGAGAUUUUUUUAUAUCCAGGCAGGAGCUGACAGCCUUAUCAACACCAAAAGCCUUAACAUCAGCAAAGCAGUUCAUGUAAGAAUAGAUUCAAAGAAACUUGGAAACGUGCUAACGAAAGAGACCUUUAGCGAUUUCGAGCGGUAG